AUGUCGAAACGAAAGGCCGAAGAUGUGUGCAGCCCUGCAAGAUCGAAGCAGAGCUGUUUCCAGGCCCCCAAAUGGGUGCAUGAUGGACAACAUCGAACACUCCACAUGAUCUCCUCUCCCGUCCGCAUGAGCACGGCGUCUUACGAGGGCGACAUCAACAUGGACUUCCAGCAGCAAUCAUCCCACAGACACCGACGAAACGGCAGCAGGCACGGCCAGCAGGACAUCGACAUGGACUGCUCGUAUGCUCAAACAGCCUGGAUCGAGUACCUCGAUGCGACGCGGACACAGGAGCUUCCGGACGUCAGUCGUGAGCAGUUCAAUCAGGUCGUUGCCCAGAACGAGGCGCUUGAAGCGACAGUCGAUUCCUUGACACAAGAUCUGACAAGAGCGAAGUCCAGAAUCAGCGAGCUCCUCGAAGCACAACGUCUCCAGCAAUAUGUCUAUCAGAACUGUGCAAUCGAGGUAUCCCACAUGCCACGACCGGGAUUCCAGCAGCCUCUGUACUUUGCACCACAUCAGUCCGUACCGGCACCACGAGUGUCAUGA